UUUUCCCCACAAUACAGAAAGCCUCAUGGUGGUUGGUCCAGAAGCACCUCUUAUUGCUGUAGCUGGUGAAGACCUGGUUCUGCCCUGUCUUAUCAAAUUCAACACCAGUGCUGUGGACAUGACAGUGAAGUGGAACAAGCUAUAUGUAAAGGACUCAUUAGUGCAUCUCUAUAGGGAUCAUAAAGACAGUAAUGAAGAUCAGGCUCAGUCCUACAGACAAAGAACAUCACUGUUUAAAGAGGAGCUACAGAAAGGCAACACUUCACUCAAACUCUCCGCUCUCCGAGUCUCUGAUGAAGGAGCUUACAAGUGUCAUGUUGAGCACAAAUCCAACUCCGAUGACAUCAUUGUGAACGUCAUUGUCGAGGCUCAGGGAAGCAACCCAGUGAUCACGAUGGAGAGUUAUGAUCACUCAGGAGGGAUUAAUCUAGUGUGUGAGUCCAGAGGCUGGAACCCUGAACCUGAGGUUCUGUGGAUGAACAGAGAAGGAGACACUCUGCCUGCUGAAGAUACACAGAUGCACAGAGACACUGAGGGCUUCAGUGUGAAACACCGCAUCACUGUUUAUGAUUAUAGCGACUCCAACAAGUUUUACUGCAGACUUCUACAAAAACAUCACAUGAUGGAGACAGAGGUUAUCAUUAAUAAGAUGCACAAGCAGUACAGAGAGAGGCAGAUACAGAGGCUGGAAGCCGUCUCAGUGGAUGUGACUCUGGAUCCUGAUACAGCUCAUGCCAAUCUCAACCUGUCUGCUGAUGGAAAACAAGUGACACAUGGAUACACACAGCAGGAUCUCCCUGAUACACCACAGAGGUUUACUAAAUAUGUAAAUGUUCUGGGAAAGCAGAGUUUCUCCUCAGGGAGAAUUUAUUAUGAGGUGCAGGUCAGUGGGAAAACUGAGUGGACAUUAGGAGUUGCGAGAGAGAACAUUUACAGGAAGGGGAUUAUACUGAAACCUCAGAAUGGAUUCUGGACUGUGAAACUGAGGAAUGAGAAUGAGUACUGGGCUCGUGCUGAUCCCGCUGUCCUCCUCACACUGAGAGAGAAGGUGGAGAAGGUGGGGGUGUUUGUGGAUUAUGAGGAGGGUCUGGUCUCCUUUUAUGAUGUGAAGGCCAGCUUUCAUAUCUACUCUUUCACUGCUCAGUCUUUCACUGAGAAACUCUAUCCCUUCUUCAAUCCUGGUUUAAAUGAAGGAGGUAAAAAUUCAGCACCACUGAUCAUCUCUCCUGUAUUUAACACUGAAUGAAUUUUCACCUCACAGAUUUCAUCAUAUAUUAAAUGGUGAGAAUAAAAAUAAAUAUUUUACUUUUUCUGGUAAAUUUUUGAACUACAUAUUACCUUUUAAAGUGCUAUACAGUUUAUUUGAAUACCUGGGGGUUUGUUUCUUCACAUAAACAAAUAAUUUGAAUCCUUCCAUCUGUUUUUUAGACGUUAUGAUUGUGGAACUUUGUCAUUACAAAUCAAAUAUGAAUAAAGAUCGUUUAGAGUGCACACUGAGUUUUACUGCAGAAUUUAAUAUGAUCAAUAAAAUGUAUGAAGUUUAGCUGCUGAUGUCUGUGUAGAUAAAACCGAA